CACUCAGACCAGAGUCUGCAGACCAGAGACAACACCAGCAUCUGCAACACACAGCUGUGGUACAAUAAAUACUGUCAAAUACAUGGCUGCAUCAGCAACCCACUCUGAUGGAGGGACUCAUGAUGACGAUGCUGAUUCAGCUACACUCAGUGAGGAGUCAACGUCCAGAGACCUCAAUUUCUCUCGUGUGCACCCCACUCAUGAUGAUGAUGCUGAUUCAGCUGUAUAUAGUAAAGAGUCAACGUCCAGAGACCUCACUUUCCCUUGUGCACACCCUGAUCGGUUCCGUGACAAAUGUGACAUUUGCCUUGGGAAUGUCCACAAUGCUGCAAAAUAUUGUAAGACUUGCAAAGUAUCCUAUUGUGUGACUCAUCUGGUAGACCACUACAAGACGCCAGUAUUGUCUAAACAUGAAAUUGUUGGUCAUAAUCAGAAACCAAAAGGUUCACCAGAAAAAGUCAGUGCCCUUCAAUCAGGUUUUGUAUGGAAGAUUAUGCUGUUAAUUCUGGUUGUCCUGGUCCCACUGAUGUAUGUUGGAGUCCACCAAUAUCCCCACCAUAAAGGACUUCCUCAGCUGACAGUGAUGUUGUUGGGGAAGACUGGAUCAGGGAAGAGGGCAUCAGGAAACACCAUCCUGGGCAGAGAGGCAUUUAAAUCAUCUACUUUACCAGUGACCAAAAACUUCGAGAGUCAAAGUGGAGUUGUGGAAGGAAGAAACAUCACUGUAAUUGACACACCAGAAAUCACAUCAAGGAAUGCUUCAUGGCUGUCAGAAAAUGAAAAGGUUGUUAAGGGACCCCAUGUUCUCUUAAUGGUAAUUCAACUGGGUAGAUUCACAGAAGAAGACCGCAAUGAAGUGAAGUGGGUCCAGAACAGCUUUGGUGAGGAGGCCCUGAAGUUCACCAUUGUUUUGUUUACUGGAGGAGACCAGCUGAAAGGAAAGUCAGUUGAGGAGUUUCUGCAGGAGAGCUCUGGACUGCAGGGUCUGGUGAACAGCGUUGGUGGAGGAUACCACGUCUUUGAUAACAUAAAUCCAAAAGGGCAUCGACAGGUGAAGGAGCUGUUGCAGAAGAUGGAUGUGUUACUAAUUUCAGUUUUCAACCUACGGCAGGAACAACAGAGAAAGCUGGAGAAGCAAGCUGCUCAUCUGGAGGAGAGAAUUAAGCAGCUGGAGGACCGAGAUAAACAGCUGAAAAGCAGCCACCUGACUGAACUCAGGAUUGUGCUGCUGGGUAAAACUGGAGCCGGGAAGAGUGCAUCAGGAAACACCAUCCUGGGGAGAGAUGCCUUUGAUGGAAACUUACGUUUUGAAUCAGUCACUAACACUUGUGUAAAGGAGAGUGUAAAGAUAGCCGGGUCAAAGAUCACAGUGGUCGACACCCCAGGGCUGUUUGAUACAAAAAAGAGCAGGGGUGAUUUGAUAAGGGAGAUAGAGAAGAGCGUCAAUCUGUCUCUUCCUGGCCCUCAUGUCUUCUUGCUGGUGAUGAGACUUGAUGAGAGAUAUACAAGGGAGCAGAGGGACACAGUGAAGUGGAUCCAGGACAACUUUGGUGAGAGGGCGGCACGAUUCACAAUGGUGCUGUUCACUCAUGCUGAUAAGUUGAAUGAAACGUCACUGGAAGAAAUGGUGGCUAAGAAUCAUUUGACUGAAAAUAUAAUCAAGAAAUGCAAUGGUGUAUAUCAUUCUUUCAAUAAUGAAGAAAAGUUUUCCCAGGAUCAAGUGUUCAAACUGCUGGAUAAGAUUAACACCAUUGUGCAGAGCAAUGGAGGAGAAUAUUACACAAACAAAAUGUACCAGGAGGCUCAGAAAAAUAUCGAAGAAGAGGACAAGAGAAGACAAAAGAUCAUAGAAGAAGAGAUGUUGAAACAAAGGGCCAGGGAAUCUCCAAUCCUAAUAAUAGUGCUCGGUCUGUUGGCAUUAUUGGCAAUACAUUUUGGAUUAUCAAUACAAUUCUUAAUAAUUAAUGCAAUAUUGCAAGCAGUUUUUAUGUUAAUUGUGAAUACUUUUGGUAACAAUAAUUUAUAAUAACUACACAGUUUAUCAUCUAUUAAGCAUUUGUUAGCUAUUAGUUAAUGGUUUGUUCAUCAUUAGUAAUUAAUUGUUCAUGCAUA